GGAGGAGGAAGUGAAAGGGGAAGGCAGAAGCUGGUAGUAGGUAGUUAGCAGUCAGGCAGUCAGGCAAGCCAUCAAGUAAAGUGCCAAAUUCACGCCGCGGUUCUAGAUAGAUUGCCUUGUCAGUUUGCGACGCGCUUUUUGUUAGUGUUCACACUUAGGACAGUACGUUUUUUUACAACUAGUUUGAGACGAGGUUUUACCAAAUUAGCCAGCGAGUUCAGCUCCAGCGAGCUAACGUAACGCCUAGUUAGCCUCCGACGCUAGCUGUCCUGAACAAUAACAGCUAGUUAGCAGCCGGCUCUGACACCAUCAAGAAGUCGCCUCUCCGCGGUGCUACAAGUUGAAACUGUGGAAAAAUGACAUCCAGGAAGAAAGUGCUCUUGAAAGUCAUCAUCCUAGGAGAUUCCGGUGUUGGAAAGACCUCCUUAAUGAACCAGUAUGUGAACAAGAAGUUCAGUAACCAGUACAAAGCAACAAUAGGAGCAGACUUUCUGACCAAGGAGGUGAUGGUGGACGACCGACUCGUAACAAUGCAGAUCUGGGACACAGCUGGCCAGGAGAGGUUCCAGUCUCUGGGUGUUGCAUUCUACCGCGGGGCCGACUGCUGUGUGCUGGUGUUUGACGUGACCGCGCCCAAUACCUUCAAGACACUGGACAGCUGGCGGGAUGAGUUUCUGAUCCAGGCCAGCCCUCGCGACCCUGAGAACUUUCCCUUUGUGGUGCUCGGAAACAAGAUUGACUUGGAGAAUAGACAGGUGCCGACCAAAAGGGCUCAGGCUUGGUGUCAGAGUAAGAACAACAUCCCAUACUUUGAGACCAGCGCUAAAGAGGCCAUCAAUGUAGAACAGGCAUUCCAGACAAUUGCACGUAACGCCCUCAAACAGGAGACAGAGGUGGAGUUGUAUAAUGAAUUCCCAGAUCCCUUAAAGCUGACUCGGGAUGACAGAGCUAAACCUUCAGCAGAAAGCUGCAGCUGCUAAGGGACAUCUUGGACCAUCUUCUCUCUCUCUCUGAAUCACCCCGUCACCGGUUGCGUCACCUCCACCUCGCUCCCAGGGAAAAGGUUUCCCUACUGGUCUUCCUCCUUCACGCCACUGAUCAUUCCUUCGACACCACCACUCACGCAGUACACUGCACUCGGGUGUAACCUCCCUCCCACCUAGCACAUGAAUCAACACACUAGCGUACUUGCAAAUUACGCCGACAAAUCUAGAGCCCAAAGAUCACUCAAGAGAAGAAUGCCCCCUGUGGCCCCUGACUCUCUCACUGAGGGGGCAAGAUGGAGCCAUGUUCAGAGAGUGUGAUCGGGAACUCUAGAUGAACUGGCUGAUGCUCUGUAAUGUGAGACGAUGUUGGCUAAUGUCAGCAUCCCAAGUACCUUAUUCUCCCUGUUUUUCUGUUGCUUUCUUUUGCCUUUUUUUUUGUAAAGAAAUAAUCUAGUUGAACUAUAUAUAUAUAUAUAUAUGUAUGUAUAUAUAUAUAUAUAUAUGUAUAUAUAUAUAUUCACACACAUAUAUAUUUUAAUUGCCUGAUGUCAUUUUUUUUCUAGCCACCUUGAAACACACACUUGUUGUUUUGCACUUUCUUAUGUUUCUGCCUUUAAAUGUUAUAGAGGGUUGACUGAUUUUGGGCAACAUCUGCUACCACGCGCCUUUCGGUGAGCUUCAGAUUAUGCUGCUUCACUUGUUUUCCCUGUUAGAUAUCUCCUGAGAAUCUUUUGAACACUCUGGUGAUUGUAUUUCCCCUUCAAGAUUGUGUAUUAAAGGGUCUAAAACAACCUCCUGGUGCAAAAGAAAUGUUACUAAGUUGACAUUAAAUAAAAGCUGACAAGGUGGUCACAGUGUAAAACGUGGAUUAAUCCCCCCUUGCUAUAUUAAUAUUUGCUUUUUCUGUAACAUUACUUGUACUUCUAAUACUGCUGUAUGUGUUCUGUCCCUCAUCAGACAUCUUUCAGUGCUCUGGAAUUACAGUAUGCGUCACCGGCACAGCUUACACCUGUCUUCUGUCAUGUCUUUGUUAUUGCUGUUCUAUCUAUCUGCUUGUAGCUCAGGUUGGCUAAGUACUUAAUAUUUUUAACGGAUUGUGUAUUACAGUGUAUAGAUGGCAAAGGUAUAAUGGAUUGAACUAAAACAGAUGUUCUAUCUUUCCAUUUAAGAAAAUAUCCAACUGUUUGCCCUGUUAUUACUCCUCCUUACAGAAACAAUUACUGCAAUGCCAAUGAUGUUGUUAAAGAAAAUUCGGACGUCAAGUAAUAAAAACUCUUGAAUAUA